AUGAUUGAUAACGUUUGGAAGAAGGUGAUGUAUAAAAGAAAUUCCAGAACUAAAUGGGAUGCAACUGUGGGUGGUGGCCGGAACGAGUCAGAAGUAUUGUCAACAUUCUUUUUCACAGACUUUGACGAUAAGUGGAAAGCUAAGGACAUGUAUGAGGUGUUUAAGAAGAUGGGAGAUAUAGAUGAAGUCUACAUUCCAAAUAAGAAGGAUAAGAGAGGGAGGAGAUAUGGAUUUGUGAGGUUUGUUAAUGUCAAAGAUGACAGGUUAUUGGCUACCAAACUAGAUAAUGUGUUUCUGGAGGGCAGAAAACUAUUCGCUAAUAUACCAAGAUUUCAGAGGAAAGAAAAAGGAGGGGAAAAGGGUGUGAAUUCAAACAUAGUUAACAACAGAAGGAAGGGGGGCGGAUCGAAUAUGGAAAAUAGAAACCAAGAAGGUACGCGGAGUCAUCUCAGCUUCAAGGUAGAAGAAGAGACUUUGAAGAAAUACGAGAAGACAUAUGUAGGGAUUGUUAAGGAAGCGGGUCUGGCAUUUAACAUUAAGAAAGCUUUUCAUGAGGAAGGUAUUUUUUCUAUUAUGGUCACUGCUCUUGGAGCAAACAUGUGUGUUUUAGAGGACCUAAUAGAAGGAGAGGCGGAAAGAUUCAUAGAGGAGAGAAAAGUGUGGUGGAAAGUUUGGUUUAAAGAGAUUAUACCAUGGGAGCCUCAAGAUGUUGAUUUGGAGAGAAUGGCUUGGAUUAAAUGCUUAGGAAUCCCAUGUCAUGCAUGGUGCAAUGGAUUCUUUGAGACAUUAGCAUCGUCAUUAGGAACAUUCAUACAUUGUGAUGAUAAUACCUUCACUAAGCUGAGUAUGGAUGUAGCUAGGCUCAGAAUAAGAACAAAAUGUAUAGCGGUCAUCAACGAAAUCAUCCUGGUUUUGAUUAAUGGCUUGUUAUUUAGAUUUUUCGUGGUUGAAGAUGUGUCUGAGUAG